UCCCUCCCUCCGUGGGUCAGCGUGGGCGGCCCCGUGUGGCAGGAGGAGAGCGAAACACGACACCCGACAGAGGAAGGGGGGCUAAGAGAACACGAAGUGAGUGAGUGGAAAAAGAAAAAGUAAGAAGCGCCGCUGUUUAGCCUGUUCGGUGAGGAAGAUGAUGAUGAGGAUGAAGAUGAAGAUGUGGAGGAGGACUCGACCAGGCGACACCGUCCCAACGAGCGGGAUGAACAUUUAGACUGGUCGCAUUCCGCCGCUCCGGUCCGACCGACUGCAGCUCGACUCCUCCAAACUUGUCGCUGCGCCAUCACACAUCAGACAUUCCGACCCGGGAGACUGGAUCCGGAUCCCCCCCCCCAGAGGCUCAGAGGCUCGGGACAACUCCUGCCAUCACACGCUGCGAACUUACAAACUAAUACUCCGACACGAAACUUUCUCAACAAACGCUGAUGUGUCGAGAUCGCACGCAGAAGUGUGUGUGUGAAGUUAGCGGAUUUGUAUUCAACUUCAGAGCGAGCACAUAACCGGGCACGUUGUUUUCUAACCAGCCACUAGUGAGAGCAGCACCAACACCAACACCGGAGGAAGGAGGAAGGAGUGGGGGGGCACUGCUAACUUGGCUAACCGCUAGCUAACUCCAGGGUAAAGUUCGGAGUCGACGGAGAGAGUGAGUGAAGCAGCAGCGGACCGAAGACGACGACAGAGAUGAAGACCCCGGCGGACUCUGGGUUUGCCUACCCAGAUUGGGCCUACAAGCCAGAGUCGAGCCCAGGCUCCAGACAGAUCCAGCUGUGGCACUUCAUCCUGGAGCUGCUGAGGAAAGAGGAGUACCACGACGUCAUCGCCUGGCAGGGAGACUAUGGAGAGUUUGUCAUCAAGGACCCAGACGAGGUGGCCCGCUUGUGGGGGGCCAGGAAGUGUAAACCGCAGAUGAACUAUGACAAGCUCAGCCGAGCUCUAAGAUACUACUACAACAAGAGGAUCCUCCACAAGACUAAAGGGAAGAGGUUCACCUACAAGUUCAACUUCAACAAACUAGUGCUGGUCAACUACCCCUUCAUCGACAUGGGCUCUGGUCGAGUCCCUCAGAGUGCCCCUCCAGUGCCAACUGGAGGCAGCCACUUCCGUUUCCCCCCCUCCACGCCGUCAGAGGUCCUCUCCUCCAGUGAGGAGCUGCGCAGCCCGGGCAUGUUCAGCAGCGUGGCUCGCCGCAUGGCCCGCGGCUCUGUGAGCGACUGCAGUGACGGCACCUCCACCAACUCGGAGCUGGAGGAGGCGGUGGGGGCCGACGAGCGAGGCGUGGGGCCUGACAGGGCUUACAGGGGCCUGCUUCCUCCACGUCUGUCUCACGAUUCUCUCUUCAGGAUCUACCCCAACCCAGGAGGGCUGGCCAGGCACGGCCCCAGGGUCCACCCAGACUCUCUGUCUCCAUUCCCUGUCUCCCCCCUGCCUGGCCCCGGGGGUCUCCUGGCCCCAACUCUGUCCCCGGCCCUGUCCAUGACCCCUACCCCCCACCUGCCCUACACCCCCUCUCCCUCCAUGUCCUCCCCCAUGUUGGGUUCCCACUUCUCCUUCAACCCGGAGGACAUGAAGCACUACCUGCAGGCCCACCACCAGUCCGUCUACAACUACCACCUCAGCCCCCGAGCCUUCUUCCACUACCCCAACAUCAUCAUCCCUCAGCCCCACCGCCCCACCCCGGAGAAGCCAGCCGCCCAUCACCUCCACGGCCCACCCCUGCCGCUCUCUCAUUCGCUCAGCCAGCAGCCAGGAGGCGGGGAGGAGGGGCAGCAGCACCCGUCACCGUUCAAGUUCAAGCUGCAGCCGCCGCCGCUUGGUCGCAAACAGAGGGAAUCUGGGAGCUCAAUGGCUUCUGCUUCCUCCUCUUCCUCCAGCCAGUCCUCCUCAUUCACAGGGUCUAGUCAGAUAAUCAACUCGACCUUGGCUGCAGGGCCUCCUAAGAUCAAGGUGGAGCCCAUAUCAGACAUCGAGUCAGAAGAAGAGGUGGAGGUGACUGACAUCAGUGAGGAAGAUGAGCUCAAUCACAAUGAGGAGGAUGACGAAGGCGACAUCUUCACCCCGACAGCUCACCACCGUCACCAUCAGCUCAGUAACCAUCACCGAGCUAACGGAAAUGGGAGCAGCCUCUCCGCCCCCCCACACAGCAACCCUGAUGAUGACCCCGAUGACGACGAGGAGGUCUUCAAGACUCCCGCCACUCCUUCCGUCGGCAGCGGCAGCCUGGCCUUCCCUCUCAUCACCCUGAAGAGCGAGCCGGGUCAGGUGGCUCCCAUCAGCCCCGGGGGCACGCUCUGCAUCCCGCUCAAACUCCGCUUCAAACGCCGCUGGAGCGAAGACCAGAAGAUGGAGGCGGACGGAGAGAGGGACGAGGCGGAGGACAAGAAAGUGCGGGCUGAGGGAGAGGAGGUGGGGGAGGUGGAGAACGGGGGAGGAAGAGGAGGAGCAGGAGGUGUUAUUUUGGGGUUGAUGCUGCCGCCGCCUCCCACCCAGCGCAGAGCGAGCUCGGAGCUGCAGAGGGCUACAGCGCAGCUGUCUCUGGAAAACACUGGCUGCUGAGCUUCACGUGCACACACACACACACACACACACACACGCACACGCACACACACACACACA